AUUUAAUGUCAAUGCAUAGGGAAGAGGGACCUUUUUAACUUUCCCUCUGAUUGUUCGCCGAGAUCCCUGCGCCGGCCUCGAUUCCUUUGGCUUGGGUCUUCUGGAGGACAGGAAGAUCGGAGAUGGGGCAGCAGUCGUUGAUCUACAGCUUCGUGGCGCGGGGCACGCUGAUUUUGGCAGAGUACACGGAGUUCCAGGGCAACUUCAGCACCAUUGCCGCACAGUGCCUCCAGAAGCUCCCCGCCAGUAAUAAUCGUUUCACCUACAACUGUGACGGCCACACCUUCAAUUACCUCGUUGAGGAUGGAUAUACAUAUUGUGUUGUUGCUGUUGAGGCAGUUGGCAGGCAAGUUCCCAUAGCAUUCCUUGACAGGAUCAAGGAAGAUUUUAACAAAAGAUAUGGAGGUGGUAAAGCGGCAACAGCAUUGGCCAACAGUCUCAACCGAGAAUUUGGGUCUAAGCUUAAAGAGCACAUGCAGUAUUGUACAGACCAUCCUGAGGAGAUAAGCAAGUUGGCCAAGGUGAAAGCUCAAGUUUCAGAAGUCAAAGGAGUUAUGAUGGAAAACAUUGAGAAGGUACUUGAUCGUGGGGAGAAAAUUGAGCUUCUCGUUGACAAAACGGAGACCCUUCGGUCUCAGGCACAAGAUUUCAGGCAGCAAGGAACAAGUAUGAGGAGGAAGAUGUGGAUACAGAAUAUGAAGAUAAAGCUGAUUGUCUUGGGCAUAAUCAUUGCACUUAUCCUCAUCAUUAUCUUGUCAGUUUGCCAUGGCUUCAAAUGCUAGUACGAUGUACACAGACGAAUGCCACCCAAUUAGUUUACAGAAUUGGUGCUUUUGGAUGUAGAGAUCAUUUUUCUUGUUAUAUAACAGUUUACUUGUGGGUUUGUGCUUCCAUAUAUUUUAGGUUACAGUGUUGUCUUUUGUCUGUCUGUCAAAUGAACAAUAAUUUUGUGCUCGAUGAAAUGUAUGUACAGUAUGAACAUUCUUAAUAUACAAAUUGUUCUUAUUUUUC